AAAAAACUAAGUUUCACGUUUUUGGCAAAAGUUUCAAUUUGCUAUGCCAGUUUUCAUCUUUCCUAUUAUCGCUAUUAAAUUUUGAAGUAAAGAUCGUAAUAAUGAAAUCGAACAUUGCUAACGUUAGAAUGCCACUAGGGGAUAUUAAAAAUAAAACUGAAGAAAAGGAAAAUCCAAUUAAAAAACCUGUAACUAACAAAAAUGUACACGUACACGAUACUGAUAUACAAGCUAAAAAGAAUUCAGAAUUUAAGAAUACUUUCGAAAGUCAAAAAAUACUUAUAGAGAAAUACCUCAAUGAAAUUGCAGAACUAAAGGAGACCAUAAAAGACUUGAAAACUAGUCUCGAUAUAUACAAAAGAUCCCAUAAAGAAAAUUUAACUGAGCUUACGGAUCUACAAGCCAUCUGCGAAAUGGCAUGCAAGGAAAACGAUGUGCUUCACAAAGAAUUAGAAAAUAAAGAGAAAGAAAUUUCAUUACUGAAAAGUGAGCUCUCCUACUUUUUGUUAAUCAAAGAUGCUCAAACCGAAGAGAACGAAGAAAGUUCAAAACAAUAGAAAAGGAAGGCAGCGAUAAUAAGUUUUGCGACGUUUACUAUAUAAAAAGCGUAAUAGAAAUUCUACUAAAAAAAAUAUAUGCAGUUUCAAAACUUUUCGUAAGAAGCUUAAACGUUAAUAAAGAAAUAAAUAAAUUGA